AUGGAGGAUUCGCAACUGCCUUUGGUUUGCUCAGCAAACGGCGCGCAGGAUGCAUGGUCACGUCUGGAGUCGCAUUUCGAGAAGAAAAGUUUGGCGAACAAACUGUUUCUUUGUCGCCGCUUCUUCACGACGAUGAUGAGUGAAGGUGAUGAUGUGCUAGAGCACAUUAACAAGAUUAAGACGCUUGCGGAGCAGCUCGACGCUGUGGGAGCUCCGGUCAGCGAAGAAGACUUGGUGAUCACGCUUCUUGGAAGUCUCGGUGAGUCUUACUCGUUUCUUAUCACGGCGCUGGAGUCAAGAGUGGACUCGCUGUCGUGGGAGCUAGUGACAUCUCGGCUUCUACACGAGGAUAUGAAGCGUAAUUAA